AUGGCAAAUAAAGAAUGGUUGGAGCUAUUUCCAUCUGCAUUGUGCAAUGUGCUGGCAGCAGUUAAGUCAGACCACUCACCCCUAAACAUCUCGAUAUUUCAUAACAGUGAAGGGGGAAUUAGGAAACAAAAAAUUUUCAGAUAUGAGGCAGCCUGGGACCUCAGAGAAGAUAGUGCACUCGUGCUAGAACAAGCCUGGAAAAGGAAUGGAAUGGGAGGUGACUUAGCUGAAUCAUUGAGAGUGAAGUUGGAAUCAUGUCAAAAGGGACUAACCAGGUGGGUUAAAAACCACAACCAGGAUGAAAAAAAGAAAACCACUCGAACCUGGGCAAAAAUCAGUAGGCUACAAGACAGAGGUGAUGGGGAACAUAUUACCUUAAUGAAGCAACUGCAGAAAGAUGCUGAAUUGUCCCUGGCAGAAAAUGACAUGAAGUGGAGGCAGCGUGCAAAACAGCACUAG